AUGCUGGGCAGGGCGCAGCAUAGGGCAAGUGCAAAAGUGAAAGUGAGGCGGUCGAAGUCCGGCUGCAUCAACUGCAGGAGAAGGAAGAAGAAAUGCGACGAGAUCAAACCGAUCUGCACGGGCUGUCUGAACAGAAACAUCGUUUGCGAGUAUCGACAGUUGUCUAGCGACAUCCUCAGGUUUGCCGGCGAAAUCGACACGCCGUCUCUGCCGGCGUCGGCCGCCGCAGGGACGCAGAUCUCCUCCGGCAAAAUCAGCUCGAUCUCGAGUCUCCGCAGCCUGGUCGGAGACACCGUGAUGCGGAUCCUCGAGAACAACACCUCGACGCUGAACAGCUUGUUUGGAAGCAGUGGGAUCGCCGCUGUGGGUGCCGGCGGCGAGGGCGACGAUGACGGCACAACGGGUGCCAUCGCCUCGCUCGACGAGCUGCUACCCUACGACACAGACUUCCUCAACCUGAUCUUCGAGGACCAACCCCAGUACCUCCACCUCUUCUCGAACCCGACGCCAUCGAUUCCAGGCUCGCUAGAGAUCAAACUCCCUGUGGCGCUCUCCUCGGAGGAGCUCUCCUACUUUGAGUUCUACUGCAAGAGCAUUCUCCCGGAUCUGUCCAUCCUGCCCCAGGAGUUCAACUAUUAUUCCAAGAUCUACGUGCCCAUCGCGUUCAAGGAGAAGUCUGUGCUUUACACGCUUGUCGGCUGGGGUUGCCGCAUGCGCAAGAACGUCAACUUGAACUUCCAGAUCGAAAACGUCGAGGCCGACAGCUACAUCAACAAGGUAAACGAUCUCAUGUCGCACAACGAGCUCAGUCUCGACCGUGAGAAGUUCAUCACCAACUUUGUCUGCUACAUGCUUUUGGUGUGCAUGGAGAUCUCCUUUGGCGACACCUCGAAAUGGUCGCACUACUUUACGUGCUGCUUUAAUAUGAUCAACAAGAUGCCCGGAAACUUCAGGUACUUGUCCUCGACAUGCUCCAUCGAGGGGAACUUGCUUGCGGAGAACUUCGCCUAUUUUGACGUCUUGGCCUCCCAGUCUAACGAGAAUGGGACUUUUUACCCGAUGUCGGACUACCACGAUCUUUUCAGCCAGAACAACACAACGAAGAUUGUUCACGAUCCCUUACAAGGAUGCAUCAGACCAGUGAUUUUGCUGAUCGGGGAGAUUGUCAGUAUGCUUGUUGAGUACAGCUCCUUGCAGGUGAGUCUAGACCUCCCCGAGUGUGACAAGUACGAGCUGAUCAACAAGAUGCUAGACAGGUCCGAUAAGUUGGACAAGAUGAUUCGUUUUGCCAAGCCAGACCUCUCCUGUCUCCAGUACUUGAAUAGCCCCGACGAGUUAGAGUCGCAUUUGACGCUCUUUGAGGUGUAUCAGUUGUCUUCCCAGAUAUAUCUCCGGCAGGUGAUCCGCAAAAUUCCGCCCGUAGUGCCGGAAGUGCAGGUACUAGCGUAUAACUUGAGAGAGGACCUUAAAAUUUUGGUCAAGAGUGCCAAGCUGAAAAACAGUUUAGCAUUUCCGAUGCUCUUGCUGGGCAUCAGCUCGACUUCGAACGAGGACAGGAAAGAGGUUUCCAAGAUGUUCAAGUCUUUAAUACAGUCGUGUGGGUAUCUGAGCAGCUACCAGAAGUUGCUCAUUGUGGUGCAAAAAAUAUGGACUCUGAACAACAACGGUUCGUUGUAUGUGGACUGGUUCCGGGUGACGAAGCAACUCGGAUGGAGGUUGAACUUGGGGAGGUAA